CAUUGUCGCGUUGCCCUAAGCCAACGCGUGUUCCCUCGGAUACAAAGCGCCGCCUGGCUCGAUUACCAGGCGGAGGGAAGUUCGCGAGGCGAGAGGCGGAGAAACCCUAGCAGAGCAACUAUUUGAGAGAGGCGCUCGAUUCUCUUUCUCUCGGUGCAUCUGUAACCAUCCGGUUGCUGCCUCGCCUUGGAUUCUUAGAGUUUCGAUUUCCGAGUUCUGGUACGCUGGUCAUGGCUUCCAAGAGGAUACAGAAGGAAUUAAGGGACUUGGAGAAGGACCCGCCCGUGUCUUGCAGUGCAGGCCCUGUUGGUGAGGACAUGUUCCAUUGGCAAGCAACCAUUAUGGGGCCUUCUGAAAGUCCCUUUGCAGGUGGCAUAUUUUUAGUGAAUAUUCACUUUCCACCAGAUUAUCCCUUCAAGCCACCAAAGGUAUCUUUUCGCACAAAAGUCUAUCAUCCAAAUAUUAACAGUAAUGGCAGCAUCUGCCUUGACAUCCUGAAGGAGCAAUGGAGCCCUGCUUUGACAAUAUCGAAGGUUCUGUUGUCCAUAUGCUCGCUCCUCACAGAUCCUAAUCCUGAUGAUCCUCUUGUUCCCGAGAUCGCCCACAUUUACAAGAUUGAUCGAGCCAAGUACGAGACCACUGCCAGGUCAUGGACUCAGAAAUAUGCCAUGGGAUAAAGAUGUGUGUUUUUUCAGAAAUAAGAAGUGAAUCAAAUUUUGAUUUAUUUCGUGGAGUUCCUUGACUACUAUUGAUAUUUUGAAGUAUUCUUGAGAUGUCCAAAUUUAGAACCAAUAUCAGUAUGGAAUGUUUAGAUAUGUCGCACCUCCGGGCUAUUGAAUAUGUAAUGUCGAACACCAGACGCUCCGUAUAGAUGGCAAAGAAGUAUCUGUGUUUUUGUUUCA